UUUACACUGAAUCACUCUCUCCAUCCCUCUCUUAUUUCUUAUUCUGUCUGACUGGCAGGUUAGAAACUCUGGGUACAGACCGCACUUUUUCAGCAGUUUGCAGUUUGUGGUUGUAGAUUCAGUAUUUAUACCGUGGCACACAAACCAUAUUGAGCUUGUUGGAACAAUGGGAAGUUUUUUAAGUUGCAACCGAAGAAAGAAGAAACCUGAAAACACUGAUAAUGACAAUCAGAGAGAAACAGCAGAAGACACAAAGACAGAAGAUGUGCUCUAUGCCUCCAUUGACCAUGGUAUCGUCAGUCCAAACAGACCUGCUCGAGACAACGUGGAGGACAACGACUGUGAUUAUGCUGUUGUAAAUCUCCCUCAAAACACAACAGACAAGGCCAAGCACAAAAUCAACGAGGACAGUUCAGAUGAUUAUGUGCUCAUGGGCUGAGCACUGAGAUGCUCCUGUGGCUGAAAUCUGCACAUUCAGCUGGAAUGGACACCUGAGAUACACAAGCAUAACUUUAAAGGAUUGCUAACUUGUAUAGGUUGCAAUGAUAUUCAGCUUUUCAGAAUUUGUAUUUAUUUUUAUUAUUAUUUUUAAAUAAUUUGUUUAUUUCAGGUCUGUUUUUGUCACUGCAUGUUUACAGCAUGUUUAAAGACUUUUGAUAUUUUGAUUCAAUUUAAGUAAUUACUACCUUCAUCUACAUGCACAGUGAAUAAAAGUGCAUAUUAUGUCUGUCUUCUUGUAUGUAUGUGUGUUAUAUAAAUGAUAAUAGUUAUUUCUAUAAUGAAAGUCAAGAGAGAUUUAUAUUUUUCCAGUGAUGAAAACUAAAACCCUAAAGAAUAGUAAUCAGUAGGUGACAAAGUAUACGUCAUUAAAGAAGAGUUAUAUGUGUUUGAUAUGAGGAAUUAUUGUAUGACACAGAGAAACUGUAAUUAUGUUUUACUCAGUUCAAUGAUGCAUCUAGUAUCUUAAAUCAUUUUUUUGUCUUUCUGUCCUCCAAACUAAAAUUCCAGUAUCAUCAUAUUGGGUAACAAGUGAACACAAUAAAACCAUAUACAUUCAGACAAAAGUCAAUUAUAAUUAUAUAAUAUAAUAAAGGAAAAUGAAAUUGAAAAUGAAGGAAAAAAGUUGUCACAUCUUUGUUGGAGCAAGUAUACAGUUCAUAUGUUUUAAUAUUAUAAUAGUAAUGCAAUUUUAUUGCAUUUUAAAUUAAUAAUUUGUGCAUAAUUGUUUUACUGUUUAAUUUUUGAAACACCUAAAGAGUGUUUACUGGCAGAAAACACUGUGUCAAUUUGUCCCACUAUUAAUAAUAAAAAUAACAAUAAUAAUA